CUUCUUCUCUCCUCUCUUCUUCUUCUCCCUUCUCUCCCCAUCUCUUCUUCUCAAGCUCAAUCAAUUUUUGAUGUGACGAAAUAUGGUGCCAAAGCUGGUGGAUCUGAUAUUAACUCGGCUUUAAUGAGUACAUGGAAAAAGGCAUGUGCAUCAACUAGCCCAAGCAAAGUGUUGAUUCCAUCGGGAACAUUCUUGUUAAGUCCAGUGACUUUAGCUGGUCCUUGCAAAGCUGCUAUUGAGGUUCGAGUUCAAGGUACCCUCAAGGCCCUAUCAGGAGUUGGUGAAAUGACAAAGGAUGGUGGUUGGAUUGCUUUCCAACAAAUUAAAGGCUUUACAUUGUCCGGUGGUGGAAUUUUUGAUGGCCAGGGAGCUGCAGCUUGGGGAUCCUGUGAUAAUAACAACUGCAAGCAACUUGCUAUUAAUUUAAGGUUCGACUCCAUUACCAAUGGUUUGGUCCAAGAUGUAACUUCCUUAAACAGCAAACAAUUUCAUGUUAACCUCUUACUUUGUAAGAACUUUACUAUCCGUCACUUAACUGUCACUGCACCUGCUGAUAGCAAAAACACCGAUGGAAUACACAUCGGAAGAUCUAGAGGAAUUAAAAUUACAGAUUCGAAAAUUGGAACAGGAGAUGAUUGUAUUUCUAUUGGUGAUGGUAGCCAAAAUGUAUCAAUUACCAGAGUUUCAUGCGGACCUGGACAUGGCAUCAGUGUUGGAAGCCUAGGAAAGUAUGAGAAUGAAGAACCUGUAGUUGGAAUUAGUGUUAAGGGUUGUAAGCUCACUAAUACUGACAAUGGCUUGAGAAUCAAAACUUGGCCAGCUUCUUUUGCAAACUCUGCGUCCAACAUGCAUUUCGAGGACAUUACGAUGGUUAAUGUCAGUAAUCCUAUUAUCAUAGAUCAAGGUUAUUGCCCUUAUGGUGAUUGCAAUGCAAAGGCUCCAUCACGUGUAAAGAUUAGCAACGUUGGUUUUGAAAAUAUUCGAGGCACUUCUGCAACUCCAGUUGGUGUAAAGCUUGACUGUAGUAAUAGUUUACCAUGUGAAGGCGUGGAGCUUAUUAAUAUUGACCUCAAUUACAUCGGAAAGAAAGGAUCUAUUAAAUCAGAAUGUAGUAAUGUUAAACCUAAGGUGAUAGGCGUAUAUAAUGCCCUAGCAUGUGACAGCACAACUAGCACCACAUCUAAAGCCCCAACUAAGUCUUAG